AUGGAACAAAUUUUGGAGAAGGAUCCACACAAUGCGUUGGCCCUUUAUGGCCGUGCUCGAAGCCUGGACUCGCUAGCCGAAGUGGAGCGGUCUAACGCUCGUUUGGAACAGUCCAUCUUCGCAUACAGGGCCGUCUUAGACCUCGAGGACCAAGUCGACGAUCAUCUUUACCACAAGUCUGCUUUACGCUGUAUCGACAGAAUGCGGUUUAGAGGAUUCCACGGAAAAGCUAUAAGGAUUCAGCAGAGAUUGGUUGCUCGCUUUCCCAAUGAUAUCGAAUACCAAAAUCAGUUAGCUAUUGGUUUUCUUUUGACUAAUCAACCGGAAGCUGCUCGGACUAUUCUGGAGGGUGUUUUGAAUAGAUGGCCACAGUCUGGUUUCGCUCAGGUCCAUUUGGGCUUUAUUUUGAAAACAACUUAUGACGAUUACGAUGCCGGAGCUCGAUGGAUGAUGGCUGGAAUAGCAUCACGCGAAGAGGGUGUGAUUGACGGACGCUUUUACUCUCAUCUGGGUGAUGCACUGACCCGCCUAGGGAGACACGAAGAAGCCCAACGGAUCUAUGCCGAUGGAGAGAACGAAGCCAACUGGCGACAAAUUCGUAACGAAGGAGUGGCAUUAUUAACUCUGGAAACUCCCGAAGGUUUCGCCAACGAAUCAGAGAAAUUGCGGGAUUCUGGAGACUGGAAACAGUUUGAACUGUUCGCGCAAGGCAGGAAGAACGCGGCCCAUUGCACUAAAGCUCCGGUAACGUGCACGCUUAUUGAAAACUACCCACCUGCACUUUGCAAACGGGGUCAAGUCAAAUUCAGCAUUAUGCAUCCUGGUACUCAUGUGUGGCCUCACACUGGGCCAACCAACUGCCGGCUCAGAGCUCAUUUAGGUCUAGUCGUACCUAGUGGAGCUAAGCUGAGAGUGGGCAAUACAACCAAGUCAUGGGAGGAAGGCAAAUUUAUCGUUUUUGAUGACAGCUUCGAUCACGAAGUCUGGCACAAUGGAUCGUCUUAUCGGUUGGUGCUCAUCGUCGAUCUAUGGCACCCUGAAUUAACGACAGAUGAAUGGCAAUCCCUAGCCCCUAUCUGA